UGGUGCGGCGGUGUUGCACAGUGCUGCGUGCGCACCGGCUCGAAUCAAGAAGCGCCUCUGCUCGUGUCCGGCGCGAUGGGCAGACGUGACGGGGACAGCAGAGGCGCCAUGAACACCGGCGACCGCUCGGAGCUCGCAGACGUGGACGCGGCGGGCCGGCCGGCGCCGGAGGUGAAGAAGCACCACCACAAACACAACUUGAAGCACCGCUAUGAGCUGCUGCAGACGCUGGGGAAGGGCACCUACGGCAAAGUGAAGAAGGCGGUGGACAGAGCAAGCCUGGGCACGGUGGCCAUCAAGACAAUCCGUAAAGAGCACAUCACAGACGACCUCGACAAAAUUCACAUCCAGAGGGAGAUCGAGAUUACCUCCUCACUUAGGCACUCCCACAUCAUACGCUUCCUCGAAGUAUUUGAGAGUCGCGAUAAGAUUGUGAUCGUGAUGGAGUACGCCAGCAAAGGAGAGCUGUACGAUUACAUCCUGGAGAAGAGGAAACUUGCGGAAACAGAAGCCCGAAGCAUCUUCAGACAAAUCACAUCGGCUGUCCACUACUGCCACAAGCAUGGUGUAGUGCAUCGAGACCUCAAGCUGGAGAACAUCCUUCUGGAUCAACAUCUGAACGUCAAGCUGGCUGACUUUGGCCUUUCCAGUCAGUACCAGAGAGGCACUCUGCUGCAGACCUUCUGUGGAAGUCCGCUCUAUGCUGCUCCAGAAAUAGUGACUGGGCUGCCCUACCAGGGACCAGAGGUGGAUUGCUGGGCGCUGGGUGUGUUGCUGUACGCGCUGGUGUACAGCAGUAUGCCAUUUGAUGGAGCCAGUCACUCCGUGCUUAAAGAGCAGAUAUGCCGAGGUCGCUAUCGAAGACCCAACCCCCCCUCAGACGCCUGCGCUCUUAUCGACUGGUUGUUGACGGUGCGUGUGGAUGAGAGGGCCACGAUCGAGGAUGUAGCCAAUCACUGGUGGGUGAACUGGGGAUACGACGAGAGCGUGUGUGACUGCCCUUCGUCGGCACACCCGGACUGUCCCUCCCCGCUGCUGGCUCGCUACAUCGACUGGCAGAAUCGGGUGGUCAAGAGUUUGGCUGCUGAAGCGGGGCGCCCACCUCCAGAAUCCAACCGUCACCCCCCUCAUCCGUGUUAUUUCAGCUUGCCUCUUCGGGCCGAGCGAGGAGGAAGAGCGCGAGGAGGAACGUCCUGCGUCAGAAAAUCACGCAAGGAGAACGCCAUUCCCCAGACGACAGAAGGAACGUGUGGUGGUGCAGCAGCUUCUGCGCUGUCCUCCACCACCUCCACCGCUGAAAGAAAGAAACCCAAAAGUAUUCUUAAACAUCAGAGGAGUUUUGACUCAGUUUUGCUUAGCCCUACCAAAGAAAGCCCCCACCAGGGUACCGCCGAUCCCCAGCUUUAUCAAACACAUGCGCUUGGCCACACGCAUGCUGAGGUCCUGUCCACCACUCUUCCAUCUCCCUGUACAUUCAGACAGCCCUCCUCUAAAAUGCCCAAGAAGGGGAUACUUAAGAACCCAUAUGAAGGGGAGUCAGGUUGUGUCUCUUACUCACAACGCAGGGAGUCCAGAGCAGACGUCAAGGAGAGUGAUGUGGGAGACUCCUCCUCGAACAAACAGCAGACCUUUAUCCCAGCAGCAGAGGGCAGUCCAACCAUGCGCACGGAGGCAGUGAGAAGACGAAAGGGUAUUCUUAAACGGAACGGCAAGUUCUCACGCAGCCUGGACCUUCCAGAGGAACGGCGCUCACCGCCGCCUUCUGAUCGGCCGUCAUUCCCGGAGACUCUGCGGCACUUCCUCCAGGCCAAAACGGGCGCCGACGGCCGCCAAAGCCGCCCGUCCAGCGUGGUGAGCGAGGAUAGCCUAUUCUCCAGCGACUCCUUCGACCUGCUGGACCUCAGCACUCAAUCACGCCGCAGGGUUUUUUCUCAGGGGACGCGGCGGAGCGCAUGUAGCUCAGAGGAGGAUCUGAGAGGUGGAGCAGGGGAAGGACGAGAGUCCAAGUGGUGAUGUCUGACAUCGGAGUGGUGGCUAAUUUAAAAACCCUGCAAAGUCAAAUCCUAGAUUUGUUUCUAAAUACAUUAUACAGUAAUUUAUCCAGGGAGUUUAAGUUCCAGACAGUGAUAAUUUUGACAGCAAACUUUGAUUUAGUUUUAGUCAGUCUUUUCACAAAUAUUUAAUUAAGGCUAUUAUUUAGGUAUUGUUUAUUGGUGAUGAAGAGUAUUCAUGAAACUUACUCAUAUAUGUAAAUAAUAGCCGAAAUACUUGGUUGCUACGUCGCGGAUUUCAUGUAUUGCGGGGGUGGUAUGGAACCAGUUUUAAUUUUGAGAGCAAAUUUUGAUUUCGUUUUAGUCCAAGUCUUUUGACUAAAAUGUCAUUUUGUUUGAGUCAUAAUUUCAGCAUUUAAAUUGUUUGAGUCUCGUUUUAGUUGACGAAAACGGCAGUAAAUUUAGUGGACUAAAAGAAAAAAAAGUGUAUUCAAGGGUCGUGAAAAAAACAAAAAAAACAUGGCAUUUAGCAAAAAGAAAUAACUUUAAUUAUCCUAAGUGACCUAAAACAGUCAAGUAAAUUUACUGGAGUCUUCGUCAACCAAAACUAGACGAAAGCUAAAACAAUGGAGAUGACAUAAUUAGGACCGAAGCAAAAUGACAUUUUAGUCAAAAGACUUUGACUAAAACUAAAUCAAAAUUUGUUGUCAAAGUUAAAAAUGGUUCAAGCCCACCCCAGCAAUAGAUGAAAUCUGCGAAGUAGCAGCCAAGUAUUUAGGCUAUUGUUUACAUAUAUUUGUUGGUUUCAUACAUAAUCUUCAUCAACAAUAAACAUGCAUGUGAGGUGCAGGUAUUAUUAUUUUCCACUUGAGGUCACCGUCUACACAUUAUUAUUGAUUUUUCACCUUUUGAAGCCUCAUUUUUUUUAUACUUGGCAAUUUUCUUCAAUCGUUCAAUUUUGGCAGGGUUGUUAACACCACUCUUCUCUGUGGUUUGUCAAUAUUAGAAGGCGUAUUUGUUUUCACUUUACAGGGGACUUUAAGGCCUCAAUGUUCAGUUUUAAAACGGUACUUUCAUCUUUACAAGACUCGAGAACUGCAUUUUGAGUGCUGCUAAUGUAAAAGCACUUUUUUGACUUUUCUUGAAUGCCGAACGGGUCACUGGCAAUUCCACUGUGCUUUGGAUGAUUACACUCAAAUCAAUAGAAUGGACUUUUCCAAACCGUCAUACAGCUGCUCCUAUCUAAUUCAUUUCCAAAUGAACUUUGCACUGUGGCUUUUGAGUGCCACCCCUGCCCAUGUCACACACAUUGACAUGUCAAUAGGGAUGAAACAAUAUCAUAUCAACAAUUUUUGAUCCACUAACCAUGACCACGCAUCACAAGGCCCUUGCUGGUUUGCACGGACAUCAUAUGAAUGGCAUUCGUCUCGCCCAUCAGACCAUGCGGAUUUGGGCAAUUGUAGUGUAAAAGUUUGUUUCAUUUUAUUACUACUUAAUAAGAAAAAUUGCAUUGCGUAUUUUUCACCAUGAGAGAAUAUUUAUGAGCACAGACAGCAGGUUGCUUAAAAGUCAAAACGUGCUGUAUUGUGUAAUAAAUCCAUAUUUUAAUUA